UCAGCGCAAGGCGGAGCGCGGCUGCCGUUUGAAUUCCGGCGGGCGGCGCCGUCUCCCGCGAGGAUGGCGGUGCUCCGGCCCUUGGACAAGCUCCCGAUGCUCAACUCCGGCGUCCUCCUGCUCGUGGGCACGGACGAGGCGCUCCAGCAGAAGCUGGCGGAGGCGAUCCUCCAGGAGAAGAAGGACUUCAACAUCAGCAUUCACCUUGCUAGAUCCCUCCCCUUACCUUCAGAGAGGGAUCAUCUUCGGCCCAGGAUAGACCUGAUUGUGUUUAUGAUUGACAUCAAGAGCAAGUACAGCUUGAAGAAUGUUGAAACUUCCCUAGCUUAUGUGGAUGCCAGCUUCUUCCUGGGGAAAGUGUGCUUUCUUAUCACUGGGGUUGGCAGGGUGAAUGCUUGCAGCAUUGAUACGAAUGCAGUCUGUAAACUAGGAGAAGCUUACUGCAGUCCUGUGCUGUUCUGUGAGCUGGAGUUGGAAGGGGUUCGAGUUGCUACUGCUCAACGACUUGUGCGAAUAUUACAGAUCUGUGCUGGUCACAUACCAGGAGUUUCUGCCUUGUCCUUCGUCUCACUGAUGAGGAAAUCUGAUGUUGAUUAGCUUCUCAUUGUGAUACUUCAGAUGCAUUCAUCAGGUUUUUUCAUGUCAGGCAUUCUAGCUGCUGCAGUUGGAAUCACAUUGGGAAGCUUUUUUGUGCGACUUGUCAUGACUACUUAUCCAGAACUAUUCCUAGUUGCUUACCUCUCAAGAAAAGUUUGAUUCCUAUUCAGUGGAUAACAGAUAGGGAGGGCAGUUUGAAUUGGGGAUUCCUAUCCAUUAUUACAUCUGAAUCCCAUUUCAUGAUCAAGUUUGAGUUUUUUUUCACUUGGCUGGUUGCCAAGAGCUACAUGAUUUUCUGAGAGAAUAUUGAAAGAACUACUAAGGCUACUGUCUCCAAAGUACCAGAGAAGAGGCAGCAAGCUCCAGCUUUCUUUCAGUUGAAAGGCAGCACCUUAGUCUAAUGUGAAACCUUGCUGCCAGGUUUUGUCUGUCCACCAGGAGAAGAAAGGGGAAGGAAGGCUGGCCUGCAGCUUCUAGAUGGACUGCACUUGGCAGUUAAUGAUCCAGCUGUGUGAGCAUCUGCCCAACAAAGGACUCACUAUUUCCAUGCCUGGUACCUAAUUGGGAAGGAAGAGACUAAAGAAGAUAAUCAGUCAAGCACUUUAGCUUUCAUUUAGAUCCUCAAAGAAAAAUACUGCACUUGUUACAAGACAGCCCCAGUAAUGCAGCCUCUGGGGCUGACCAGAGGUGCAAACCCAGCAGACCAGACCACAGCAGCACACAGAAAACAGGUUGUCUCAGCUGGAUUGGCAUAUGCUGUGUAUAAUCCCUUUACUAACAGGUUCUGACCAGCAGUAAGUUGUGCCUUGUGCUUACUGCAAGCCAUUAAGGUUUGAGAGUUCUAAUUUAAUAAAAUAACUAAUAUGUAA